UUAUUAACAAUGAGUAAAAUAGUAUACUUCAGAUGUUUUAUAUUCACAAUAACAAUUAUUUAUUAUAUUUCUUCUAUUUUUAGUUUGACAAUGCAUGGUGUGCUACGUUGACAGGGGGAACAAAUAUGGCAGCGCACAUAGCAGGAACAAGCGUGUUAUGAGAAUACUAUCUAACUGGACAGGAAUCUCUUUUUACUUUUUACUGUGAUGUAGCUCCAUUUCUCAUCACUCAAUCACUUUCUGGACAAAUGUUACUUGGUGCAGCAAGCGCCAUGUGUUACUCCGGGACAUUAAUUUGUACACUAGAAUAAUAAGCGGCCUUUAAAGUAUUCCAUAACAAUGUCUGUCUGGGUGACGGAGGAGGUCAUGAGGAGGGCCGUGCGCUUCUGCAGGUCUCCAUGGACACCGCGCAGUUUCCUGGUGACAACAUCAAUCCAAGAGACAAAUUUCCCCACUCAGAUGGCACACGUUUGUGGCACAAAGCGAAGCCAGCCAUGCCGGGCUAGGAGUCUUGUCAGUUCAGUGAGGUUUUAUUCACAGGAUCGUAUUCACAGUGAGGAUUUGGAAGAGAAGGAGUCUUCUCCACUGGCAGAUUCAUCACUACCUGCUGGGACUACCUCAGGACUGAUAGAGAGGACGCAACCUUUCAUUGACAAACUGUAUCGCUGUGGCUCCCCAUCUGAUGUGUUAGACUUAACCUGUCAAUACGCACCCACAGUUCAACAGAUCAGCAGCUGCCUGGCACACAUGUGGUCCACCACUAAGAAGAUGACAGAUGAGCAGCGGCGCUAUGAGCUGCAGCUGAUGUUUGAGCAUCCUGCAUUUGACAGGCUACUGCAAAUGGCCAUGAAGAGUGUGGGCCACAUGCACAGUAAGGAUGUGGCUCACUCUCUCCUGAGCAUGGUCAAUCUGGGCGUGCCUCAAAAUAGCCGUGUGAUCCAGACUUUGCUCCGAACUUGCCAGGAGAAACUGAAUCGCUUUGAUGAGAAGAGCUUGUCCAUCUUGGCCUCCUGUCUGGAACAUAUGGAGAACAGCCCCAACGUCAAUGCACUUAAGGAGGGCAUGAGGCUGGUAGUUGAGGCCAGCCUUCCAGGGAUCAAGAAAGUUAUUUCUCUCCAGACCAUGAUGCGAAUGCUGGGGAAGGAUGCCCCGCUGAACCUGAAAAGGAAACUGGAGAGAAAGGCUUUAUCAAUGACAGACGAGUUCAGCCUUCCUAACUCUCAGUACAUGAUCUCCACGAUGGCCACAAUGGGCUUCUACUCCAAACCACUGCUGGACAUCUGCAGUAAGAAGAUCACAGAAAACCUUGAUGAAAUCCCCUUCAACAGAUUGUUUUUAGUGCUGCAAUCGUGUCGGGAGCUGCGCUACAGAAACUUAGAUCUGCUCACUGGCAUUUCAGACUAUGUCACGUCCAUGCUCGACAUAUGGACCAACAAACAGGUGCUCCUCUUCCUGUCUGUGUUUGAGAGCCUCGUCUUCUGUCCUGCAGCCUUAAUGGAGGGAUAUGCCAAGAAGGUGAUCUCCAGGCCAGAUGCCCUGACGCUUAGAGACCUCCUCUGUGUCCUGAAGGUGUACUCCUCUCUUAACUACGAUCUGCAGCACCACAGACAACAGUUCCUGGAUAGUGUCAGCCAGGUUCUGGACUCCUAUCUGCCCAAGAUCUCUGGAUUCAACCUUUUAAAGGCUGUUUUCUAUCUGUGUCUGCUGGGCCACUUCCCCUCCUCAUCGCUGGAGCAACUCCUGCAGAGCAGCACAAUGGAGCAGUUUAACAAUACACCGCCAAGAUUUCUCCGGAAACAGGAGAGAAGGUUUCAGACGGUGGACUUGUGCCUCCGUCUUGACCGUCCUCCUCUCCCUCGUCCCCUGACUGUCCCCGCAUCUUUCCUGGGAGACCCCACACCCCGCAGUCCAUCAGCCAACCAGUGGCUCUCGCAGAGCCUGCAGAGCGUGGUGAGGGACCAGGCGGACACAGCGCUGCAGGAAAUGGUGAUGGUGGAGAACGUCUACCUUAUAGAUGGAGUGAUAACCAAAGCUCUGCCAAACCAAACCUCUGUGACUGAGGCGGCGAGCAGUGAAGGAGGAGACCUGUCUCCAGCAGAGAGCAGUCAAAGCAUUGCAGUAAUUUGCACACCACUCUCUGGUUUCUGCUUUGGUACAUCCAAUCCCUGCGGCCUCUUGGCGGUCAAGAUUCGCCAUCUGAAGAUCUCGGGAUAUAACCCUGUCCUGGUAACGGAGAGGGAGCUGCAGGCUGUCUCCGAGGAAAAGAGGACGGAGUUCCUCAGGGGGCGGAUCUUUCCAGAACGCCACAGACACCCUGAAACGGAUCAACUGCAACCUUGAAGACAGAUGUUUCGAGUUAAAUCGACACAAUAAUCAUGAACAUGCAUUUUUAUUGCUUUGGAAACAAUUAUUAAGAGGGAAAUAAAUUGAAUUCAGUGUAUGAAAUCAGUGUGGUCCCUGGAAAAUUGAGCU